AGUCUUAGUGUUUAAAAACAAGGCAUGGGACAAGAAAAUGCACAUCCGUUAUCUAGCUCUUGUUCUGGUUUUAUACAUCCUGCUUGCGGUUGUAGGUGUCCAAAACAUUUUAACCUCCGAGCAUAAACUCUCAGACGUGCUUUUUCUUCCUUGAGGCCUUUUAGACAAAACUGCAAUGUCGCCUUCUGCCCGCUUGGUGGGGUUACGAUUCUGUUUUUUGAAAAGGAAAUAUCUUUGGAAAUGGCUUCAUGUCAUAUUUCAAGGAGGCUCAUGUGUUUAUCAUUUUAAAUCUUUUGUAAUGUUCUCGAAACGUCUCAGAGAUCUCUGUGCCCACUACAUCGAAGUUCACGCUUUCAUGUUUGGAUAAUCAUUGAUAUACGAUUAAAGCUGCAAUAUUUACUUGUUACCUGACCAAAAGAAAGAUUUUCGGCCCGUGUAAAGGCUGGACAUUUAAAAAACAGUUCUACAAGCCUGCACGAGUAAAGUCCACGUUCGGCGGAAUGGAAACUUUUCACAUCCUGAUUGUGGUUGUCUUGAACACAACGUCAAAAUAACACGCCUGUACAUACAGUACGUCACGCGCGUUAACCUGUGCUGAAGUAAGGAUGGAGUCACAUUGUGUGGGUGAAAGUGAUGGACUGACCUUCUGUCUGGCCAGACCAGAGGAUUACGAUGACGUGAUGGCCAUAUCACAAAACAUAUAUAGUGGCAAUGACUACCUUCCACAUCGCUAUCACUCCUGGAUGACUGAGCCAGGAAGAGUGGUUAUUAUAGCACGGAGAGAUAGGAAGCUGGUGGCUCUGGAGUCAGGCCUGGUGGUUGAUGGAGGUGAAACUGUAAUAGUUGAGGGAUUGAGAGUGUGUCCAAAUGAAAGAGGUUGUGGUCUGGCUGGAGUGAUCCAGAGAUUUGUUGAUGGCUACAUAAAGAAGGUCUACCCUACGGUGAAAACUAAGCGCCUCACCAGAGGCGAUGACCCAGGGCCUGAAAAACUAAGCAAGUUUACGCUUCUGGCCAGACGGGCUGUUCUCUCUCUACGUGGGAAUUCUGAAGGUUUUGAUAGCUUUGUCUCAGGUCUAAAGGACAAACUGGCUGUGUCAAAUGAGUCCAACAGCAGCCGUCCUUUAGUGCCAGUAAAGGACUCAGAUACUCUUAAGGCCCUUCUCUUGGAUACAGACUUAUCUUCCAGACUUCAGUUUCCAGGGGGUGCUAUCAUCCAGGACUGGCAGCCCUUGAAACUCAUGGAGAGUAACCUUCAUAUUCUGGCAAGGCGAAACUUGACAUGGUUUAUAGAUGGUUCUGGUGGGAAACCCCUGUUCAUCAGCUUCCACACACCUCCCUAUCCUAUUCCAUUUAACGGAGGGUCUCUACGCUUUAAUAUCGACCUGUUCGGGACAGACGCUUCCUUAGCAAAGAAGGCAGUAAUGGCUCACUUUAACAGUGUGAAAAGUGAGAUUCAAGGCUUGGUUUUGGUUCAUAUUUAUAUGCAUCAGACUCUGUGGGAAGAUUUAAAGCAAUUUUGUGAGGGCCAUGACACGGUGAAGCAGUUACAGAAUUUCUGGGAGCAGCUGUUUUUGGAAAGAGAGUUAUAAUGAUAUCUAAAGUGGACGGAAAGUAGAAAAAGAUGCUGAAGAUAAUAAAAGACUUGUUUAAUUAUUUGGUGAUUGAUGUUGUAUAAGCCAUAAUGCAGUUGUCAGCUCUGUUUAAACAAGCUAUUUGUUCAACAAAUUAAAUCAGUUUAAAUAUUGUACAACAAUAUUUUAGCACUUUUGUAAUUUGUGUCUGAGUGAAACACAGGCACAGUGAAGCAAACUCGGUGAACUCAUUACUUUAACAGAUGCUGAUGUCAGAAACAUGAAGCGUGUGUUUGUUCCUGCAUGCUUAAUGAGUACAGGAUGAUUUAUGAAUUGAAAUGAAAAGUACUUCAAACUGAUUGUUUUAAGCAUUUCAUGUUUAAUAUAAUAAAUUAAAAGGAUGGCUUUUUUAUCAGUGCUGAGUUGUAUUGAUUAAUACAUUUUUGGAAACAGUGCACUGUAAAAAUGCUGCUGCAAUGAAAUUUAACAUUUACUAAACAUAUUUUUAAGUCAAGCAUGAAGACCUUGUGUGCACACCAAAAGCGAAAUUAAAUAUAGCUGCAAGCUAUAUAUUGAGCUUCCCAAAGAGAGUCCUAACCUAGAGAGUCUACAGAACUGUACUGCUGUUUUUUUUUCCAAAUUUAGCGAAAAACCUAGGACUAGUAGGUUUUUUACAUCUCAAUAAUUUAACAAAUGAUUUGAUUGAAAGCAGUAGUUCUAGAGGCAAAGUUGUCCAGAAUGAAGAAUGAUCAUAUGAUACGAAUAUCGCGUGUAUGUGCAAAAAUGUAAUCGUUUACGCCCUUGAAAAAUGUGAUAUGGCCCCAGUGGCCAAUUGCUUCCAAAUUUCUCACAGAUCUUUGGGGCUGUGAGUCAAACAGGCCCAUCGAGUUUCGCUCUGAUAGGCCUCCGUUAACUUAAAAUAAUGGGUUAACUCAUCAGCCAAUGGCAGCCGUGUUUUAUUUUUUGAAAUAUGCAAAUAUCCUUAUUGACACUUGUCGCACUUUGGACCAAGACCAUGCACAGUGAUUUUAAUGUUGAUAGGACAAAUGGUUGCAUAGAUAUAACCAUUUUUAGUUUCCCCCCUGACCCCAAACUUUUCUGAUUAUGCAUUAACAAUACAGUUCUGUAUCUGAUACUACUGUAUAAAGAUCAUUUUAUGUAACUGCAUGAACAACAAUAAUUUCUAAAUGAAUCAUACACUUUUUCAAA